UUUCCGCGCAGGCGUAGAGGUCUCCGCGUCCUCAGGCCGAGCAGGUCCGGACGCGGAGCGAAUUGAAGGUCUGCGGGGAAGGUUUGCUGCAGCCAUGCCGGACUCUUGGGACAAGGAUGUGUACCCCGAGCCCCCGCGCCGCACGCCGGCUCCCUCGCCACAAACCUCGCUCCCUAACCCCCUGACCUACUUUAUGAAGGCCUUCGAUCUCGUCGUGGACCGGCCCGUGACCCUCGUGAGAGAGUUUAUUGAGCGACAACAUGCCAAAAACCGAACCUACUACUAUCACCGGCAGUACCGACGUGUGCCAGACAUCACAGAAUGCAAAGAGGGUGAUAUCCUGUGUAUCUUUGAGGCUGAGAUGCAAUGGAAAAGGGACUACAAAGUUGACCAGGAAAUUAUGAACAUCAUCCAAGAGAGACUUAAGGCUUGUCAACAGAGAGAAGGCGAGAGCUCAAAGCAGAAUUGUGCCAAGGAACUGGAGCAGUUCAACAAAGUGGCUAAAGCCUUCCAUGACCGCUAUUAUGACCUGGGAGCCUAUUAUUCUGCCAGAAAGUGCUUGGCGAAGCAGAAGCAGAGGAUGCUGGAAGAGAGAAAGGCUGCCAAGCAAUCGGCUGCUGCCUAGGACUCUAAGAACUCCGUUACAUUGCUGAAAUAAAGUGACUGGGUGCACCAUACCUAUCUUAGUGUCCACUAAAUAAAUGCAAAUAGAGACAGAUGUUA